AUGAGCAAAUUCGAACAAAGAAAUAUGAUCAAUCUGAUCACUGAAUACUGUCCAAUAAAUCCGGGGAAUGCAACAAUCUUCGAUUUUGGGAUAUUUCUUGAAGCCCUUGAAUCUGGUGUAGUGCUAGACUCAGUGGAUUUUCCUCAAAAGUUCAUCAAAUGUUUUUGGUGGGGACUACAAAAUCUCAGUUCGCUUGGUCAAAACCUCGAAACAAGUACCUAUAUUUGGGAGAACUGCUUUGCCAUUUCUAUUUCUAUCAUUGGCUUGCUACUCUUUUUGUAUUUAAUUGGAAACUUGCAGACAUAUUUGCAGUUGGCAACUGCAAAAUCAGAAGAGUUAGGAGAGAAGAUGAAAUUGAAAGAACAAGAAAUAGAAUUUUGGAUUGAAAAAAAUGGUCUACCAAAGGAAGAAAAGGCUUCAAUUAUGCAAAAAGUCAAACACAAGUUGGAGGAAAACAGAGAAGUUGAUAUUGAGAAUCUGCUUUCUAUACUUCCUUCCGAAGAUAGAAAGCGUAUAAAGCAUCUUUUGUGCUUCCCUUUGCUACAAAAAGUUCCAAUGCUUGAAAAUAUGGAGAGGGAAAUACUUGACAUAAUUUGCCAGAAUCUUAAGCCAGUAAUCUACCCAGAGAGUAGCUACAUGAUCCGAGAAGGAGACCCACUUGAUCGGAUGAUUUUCAUCACACACGGCACAGCUUGGGCAUACACAAACAAUGCUAGUGGUCAUAAUAGUAGUGAUCAUAGUGCUAAUAAUGAGGCAUUGAAUGUGAGCAGUAGUACAAGAAGUAGCAGUACGAGACGCCUCAAGAAAUGUGAUUUUUUUGGAGAAGAGCUGUUGGGGUGGUCAAGAACUCACUCUCACAUCAUUGAUUUUCCCAUUGCGACCAUCAAUGUCAAGUCCCACACCAAGGUUGAAGCCUUCUCUCUUAUGGCCAACGACUUGUUAAAUAUAGUGAAGAAGAACUAUAGGUUCUUCAGGCGGAAUAUCCCCACCAAUCAACAACGGCAGGAGACCUCGGUGCAGUUGGAUAAUGAUGAUGAUGUGAAGUCACAGAGUUCCAAGUAUCAGCGCUUGCACAAAUAA